AAGCUAUUUAUCUAUCAACAUUGGCAAAACCAAGAUUCUUCUCAAAAUAGAUUUUCGAAACGCUUUCAAUUCGAUUGAGAGAGAUGUGAUGCUCAAUGAGGUCAAGCAAAUAAUUCCUUCAUUAUAUCCAUAUCUUUGGCAAUGUUACAGAUAUUCUUCACUUUUAUUCUUCGGUGAGAAUCAAAUUUUAUCGCAAAUUGGAGCACAGCAAGGUGACCCACUAGGUCCAUUAAUUUUUUCAUUAACGAUUCACAAAUUGAUUCAAAAUUUAAAAAGCGAAUUGAACGUGUGGUAUCUAGACGACGGAACUGUUUGUGACGAUCCGGAUAUAGUGUUGAACGAUUUUAAAACGAUAAUCAACGAAUCUGAAAAGCUCGGUCUUCAUAUUAAUCCAUCCAAAUGUGAAUUGUUUUUCCUUUCAGAAAAAAUCGACGAAGAAAUUGUUUCAAAAUUUAAUACCAUCUGUCCAGAAAUUUGCGUAACAACAAAGGAGGACCUGAAUCUACUUGGCGCACCCCUUUUCGAAGAAGGCUUCAUUAAGUUUUCUGAAAAAGUUUUGAGCAAGUUGAAGGUUAUGUUCGAGCGUUUGAAACUUCUUAAUUCUCAUACGGCUUUAUUUCUUUUAAAAAACUGUUUUGCCGUUCCGAAACUUACAUAUUUGCUCAGAACGUCACCAGCAUGGAAAUUCGAAGAUUUCAUAUCAUCUUUCGAUGACGAAAUUAAGGACCUUCUGGAAACAAUCCUAAAUAUUGAUAUGAAUGACCAACAAUGGACUCAAGCCACAUUGCCUAUCAAUUUUGGGGGCCUUGGUAUAAGGAAACUACAAGACAUUUCUUUGCCAGCUUUCCUUAGCUCUUCAUUUGGAGUUAAAAGUCACGUCUCUCAUAUUCUCAAUUUUCAAGAUACGACUUUUAUUGUUCAUUUAGAUGAAGCUUUGGAAAAAUGGAAAAGUUUAAAUGAUCUUCAAGCACCUUCUAUCAAGCAUUUGCAAAAGAAUUGGGACUUAAUUAACGUUCAACGGAUAAUGAAUGAGAACUUCAAGUUUACAUUGAAAACGGACAUAGCACGUUUCAAAGCUUUGCAAUGUAAAGAAUCAAAUGCCUGGUUACAUUCAAUACCAUCAUCAAACAUUGGAACAGUCAUGGACAGAAAUGACGGAAAAAGACCGGAUGCAACCUGUGUCGAUACUUUCGCAGACUCAUAUUUAUCAAAAACAUCUACAAAGGCUAGACAACUUGCAGAUUAUGCAGCGUCUCAGAAGCACAAACAUUAUUCAGAACUUUUGUCUUCUAACAAUUAUAUUCUAUUAGCCUUCGCUGUUGAAACUAUGGGCCCGUGGAGUGAAGAAGCAUUAAAUUUCGUAGACAAAAUCGGCCAUAAACUACAAGAGUUGACUGGAGACAAAAGAUCAAAAUUCUUUCUAAUACAGAGAAUGUCAAUGGAAAUACAAAGACACAACGCCGCUUGUAUUAUGGGCACAAUUUCCCCGAAUAAACCAUUGGAAGAAGUUUUCUAUUUAUAAAUAUG